UUUAGUGCGGAGCAUUCUAUUGUUGAACAUCUAAUUCUGUGAAUUGCAAUCGGUUGAGAAAACAAAAUGUACAUUGCAGUUGAGUGAUUCUCAGCCAUUGUUAAACAUUUAUUCUGUGAGUGAAUUAAGUGCACUGAGAGAGUACAAUAACCCAUAAGUUAUCAGCGCGAAUAAAUUUACAAUCUUGGAAAAUCGUCAGUUUCUACUUGCUAAAAAUAGUUGAACUGAUAGUGGCUUGAGACUGAACUCAGCUCUCUCUCUCUCUCUCGUAUUAUCAAUACUACUGUUACCGUGUUGCUAUUGAUGCUGCUACCGCUCUCAGCGCUCUUACCAUAGCUCCGUCUUUCUCCGACUGCCCGUAUAUAAAAGCUAAAAUGGUGAAAGAGUAAGAAGAGGGAGAAAAAGUGAGAGAGAGAGAGAGAGAGAGAGAGAGAAAGAGAGCGCGAGAAGAGGAAGGGAGGUAACCAUGAGUGUUUGCAUUGAAGUGCCCUCAGCCUGUUGCUAGUGUACUUUGUUUCCCGCGUGUGUCUUACCUGCUUAAGUGAGUGUGUGCGUAUCAGUUUUUAAGUGCAUAACGAAUAGAGAAAAACAAUAGUCAGUGAGUGAUUAACACGAAUAUUAGUACUAAGAAAAAUAAAGAGCAUGUUCUUUGUAUCUGCCAACAUGAGAACUAUACUGCAGAGCUAAAUGUUUAUGCUUAUUAUCAUCCAAUGCUAUUGCGUGCCUUCAUUUUCUGCCUGCCUCAAGUAAUACUGUAACAGACGCCUCCCAACCAAUCACCGUCUACCGUAGUCAGCUGUCUUUGCAACCAUGUUCCAUGCAGCCGUAGAUUGCAGGUAAAUAACGUCAGUGAAGCGGUAGGAGAUUGUGACUAGAGGCAGCAACGGUCAUGCACCUAGGGCCGUUGAGUGCUCGCUGCCCUAGACCUAUCCGUCGCUGGAAGCAGCAACAACAAUCACCACGAGAGUUUGCCUGGAUUUUUACAGUGGUACUGCUAAUGCUGUCACUUGUCUUAUGUUUAGAUGAGUCGUAUGCUGAGAUAAAAUUGUCCCAGCAAUUAGAUCAAAAUCAAACGUUAUUUCCGCCGAGACCACAUAACCUCACCAUUGGUUAUCUUACUGCUAUUAAAGGUGAUUUAAAAGAUCGUCAAGGCUUGGCAAUUUCAGGUGCUUUCUCAAUGGCAUUGGAUGAGAUCAAUAGUGAUCCUAGUAUUUUGCCAAAUGUAACGCUAUUGAUGCGAUGGAAUGACACGAAAGGUGAAACCACAGAGGCAACCAAAGCCAUGAUUGAUAUGAUUUGUGAUGGAGUUGUCGCAUUUUUCGGGCCGGAGGGUUACUGCUAUGUUGAAGCUAUUGUUGCGCAAUCUCGAAAUAUACCUAUGAUCAGUUAUAAAUGUUCAGAUUAUAAAGCAUCGAAGGUGGCCACAUUCGCACGCACAGAGCCACCCGAUACUCAAGUGACUAAGUCAGUAAUAGCACUUCUGCUGCAUUAUAACUGGAACAAGUUCAGUAUAAUUGCCGAGCGGCCUUGGUUGACGGUAGCAAAGUCAUUGCAGGAGCAGGCAACCAAGAGUAACCUUAGUAUCAAUCAUUUUCUUAACGUGGAGGAUAGACAUAUAUGCUGUGAGGACAGACUCCCUUGCUGUCAAGGUGGUGGCUGGUUCUCCAUUAUCCAGGAUACCAAGAACAUGACUAGAAUUUACAUAUUCCUAGGCACACCUAUCUCGCUCAUUGAGUUCAUGAAUGCCAUGCAAAACCAGCGACUCCUUGACAACGGCCAAUACAUGGUUAUUCACGUGGAUAUGAUGACCUAUACACCAAAGGAGGCUAUGAAGUACUUAUGGAAGCCCGAUCACUAUGAGAAUUUGCGAAAUUGUCAAGAUCCUAAGGAUAAGGAUUUUUUAAAGAGGGCUAGAUCGCUUAUGGUGGUUGCCUCUACACCUCCGACGCAAAACUAUGAGGAGUUCACGCAGAAGGUUCGGAACUACAGCAACAAAGAACCCUUUAACUUUCCAGUACCUGAGCGCUUCCUUCUUGAUAAGUUUGAAAAGCACGUGUCUAUUUAUGCAGCCUAUCUUUAUGACUCCGUAAGACUAUAUGCACGAGCCUUAGAUCAAUUGCUGCAUGACUAUCCAGAACUUGAUGUUCAAGAAAUAGCCAGCAAUGGUACCCUUAUUAUCGAGACCAUUAUUCGCAAUCACACAUAUCAAAGCAUCAGUGGAGCGACUAUCAAGCUUGAUAAAAAUGGAGAUUCGGAGGGAAAUUUUUCAGUCUUGGCCCUUAAAAAAGAGCCUCUGCAAAAUCAGAAUUUUUCUUGCAAUUUCCAGAUGAAGCCCGUCGGACAGUUUCAACAAGGUGAACAUUUGACAUACCGACCUUCGGAAGCUGUGGACUGGCCCGGCAAAAACAAACCUGAGGCUGAGCCAGGGUGUGGUUUUCUAAAUGAACAUUGCCCGAAAGAUGAUACUCACGUACGCAGUAUCGUUGCUGCAGCUAUCCUAGCAGUGCUGCUUUUCUGUGCAGGUGUCAUCACUAUGAGCAUCUACCGUCGCUGGAAAAUUGAACAAGAAAUCGAAGGCUUAUUAUGGAAAAUAGAUCCAGCUGAUAUACAUGGCUAUCCUCACCUCGACAACAUGAUGUCUUCUCCCAGUAAGCUCAGUCUUGUCAGUGCCAUAUCAUACGAAUCUCGGUGCGGAGGUCAAGUGUUCGCACAAACUGGACACUAUCACGGUUCAAUCGUGCGUAUUAAGGAGCUUAAAUUCUCAAGAAAAAAAGAUAUCUCUAGGGAUGUUAUGAAAGAAAUACGCUCACUCCGAGAAAUUAGACAUGGUAAUCUUAACUCAUUCAUUGGAGCUUGUGUAGAGCCAAUGAGAAUAUUACUGAUUACUGACUAUUGUGCUAAGGGAAGUCUUUAUGAUAUAAUAGAGAAUGAAGACAUCAAACUGGAUGAAAUGUUCGUUGCUUCUCUCAUUCACGAUCUUAUCAAGGGGAUGACAUAUAUUCAUGAAAACUCUUUACUGAUCUGUCAUGGCAAUCUUAAAUCAUCGAACUGUGUGGUUACUUCCCGUUGGGUACUUCAAGUCUCAGAUUUUGGUCUUCAUGAUAUGCGUCAUUGUGCAGAAUCUGACAGCAUUGGCGAACAUCAGUAUUACCGAAAUUUAUUUUGGAAAGCUCCAGAAUUGCUGAGGAACCCACACGCUGCAAUAAGAGGGACCCAAGAAGGAGACAUAUAUUCUUUCGCAAUAAUAUUGUUUGAAAUAAUUGGACGUAAAGGCCCCUACGGAGGAGUAAAUUUAGAACCAAAAGAAAUUAUUGACCGAGUGAAAAAAUAUCCGGAAGAUGGGCAACAGCCAUUUAGGCCAAAUGUCAAUGUCUUGUCAGAAUCUGAAGCAGACUGUUCUGAUUAUAUUAUUAAUACGAUGACUGAGUGCUGGACCGAAAGUCCUGAGCUCAGACCUGACUUUAAAGCUAUAAGAACUAGAUUAAAAAGAAUGAAAGCUGGCAAACAUCGUAAUAUUAUGGAUCAAAUGAUGGACAUGAUGGAAAAAUAUGCAAAUAAUCUUGAAGAUUUAGUCAGCGAACGUACACGUCUUCUCUACGAGGAAAAACAAAAGACAGAGGAUUUACUUCAUCGAAUGUUACCUGAACCUGUAGCUAACUGUUUAACAAACGGCAUUGGCGUAGAGCCUGAAGCAUUUGAUUUCGUUACUAUCUACUUCAGUGAUAUUGUUGGUUUUACAGUCCUGUCCGCUGAAAGUACACCGUUUCAAGUGGUGAAUUUUUUAAAUGACCUUUACACUCUGUUCGAUCGUAUUAUCAAAGGCUAUGAUGUAUAUAAAGUGGAAACUAUAGGAGACGCUUACAUGGUGGUUUCUGGCUUACCAAUCAAAAACGGAAAUAGACACGCUGGAGAAGUAGCUUCUAUGUCUUUAGAAUUGCUCAAUGCCGUUAAGCAUCACGCCAUAGCACACAGGCCUCACGAGACACUUAAACUACGUAUAGGAAUUCACACUGGUCCAGUGGUUGCAGGAGUAGUCGGCUUAACUAUGCCAAGAUACUGCCUCUUUGGUGAUACUGUGAAUACAGCAUCACGGAUGGAGUCUAAUGGCGAACCACUUAAAAUUCAUAUAAGCUCGCAGUGCAAAGAAGCUUUGGAAAAAAUUGGCGGCUACAUAAUCGAAGAUCGUGGUCUGAUACAAAUGAAAGGAAAAGGCGAAGUUAAAACUUAUUGGUUGGUUGGGGCAACGGAGAAAGCAAUCCAAAAGAGAGAGGUGGAUAUAACAGAUUUACCGCCUCUGUUUUGUCGACCUCGGCGUAGUCCCAAGCUCAAUACAGAUUCUCGACAGCCAUCUCUACUUGCCGGUCUGGCUGCCGGGAGUCGCCGGCAGUCGACCGUACCUAGAAGUAUGCUAUCAGAUAUGGUUGAUUCAGUUGCGCAACUUAGCAACUUUAAUAAUAGUCCUCUGCAAACUCGCCCUUCGCUGAUAUCUCGAAAAUUUGAACGUUCACCACUCUACCUCACUGAAAACUCCUCUAAGACAACACUUGAUAACAUGAUUAUGGUUCGUGAGGAAGCCGAAAGUCGAGCAGCUAAUAUUAAACUUGCUCUCGAUGAUCUCUUUCGGUGCAACUUUAACAGAUCACUAAUGUUGUCAGAAAAUGGAGUGUCAAUAAAUCAAUCAAGUGUGGCUAAACUAAAAAAUACAAAAAUUUUAUCAACCAUAGCCACCUCAACGUCCAAAUCGAAUGACAAUCCACCGCAGCAGCAUCAGAAGUAUUUAGAUUCUCGAUGUAAUGCACUAACAAUACGAGAAUCAAGGUCCUUAGAUCCGUUUCCAGUAAUAGCGACUUCAUGCAAACUCGAUCCACCUCAACUAUUGCUUGGCUGGAAGGUAUUGCCAAAAAAAACGAGUUUCCGCUCACUAGAAAAUUGCAAUAAAUGUACUGUUCAACGAGGAUCUAAAACGAAUCUCCAACUUUAUGAAAAACCGUUCAACAAUAACUUCUCAAAUGGCAAUAUAUUUCUGGUAGGUCCAAUGCGGCAACUGGCUUUCCAUCACGAGAAGAAUUGUGGCGAUACUUCAGAAUCACCCGAUAUGCCUUUGCUUCUCGGUGAUGGUCUUGAUCCGUCUUCAUCAACCGUUGAGCGUUCUGGAGAGAGUUCUUCAAUGGUUGUGAAACGCUGGCGAUCUUUAGACCAAGUCCUUUUACCAGGUGAACAUGCGGAUGCAUACGACUACAUACCUCUGCGAACUCACGUCACCAAAAAAAUCUCAAGUAAACCAUCUUUACGCAAUUGGUUGGCAAACUUCUUCAGUGUCAACGGCCUUAAAUCUGGCGAUGCCUCCCUUAGGCAUGCCGUUAUCUCUACUUAUGACAUUCAAUGCGACAAAGAAAGCAUCGUGUAACAAGAUAUCAAAUCACUCUCCCUUUCCAUCUUCUCUCUCUUUGUCCUUCUCUCUCUUUCUUUCUUGUUAAUAUGUUUAACAUUUAAUAGAACUUAAAUUGUACUUGGAUUGGUGUUUUUCAUAAUGAUCAUCAAAUUUUCACUCGACAAUUUUCAUAAUCUAUUACAUAAGUCUAUUAACCAAAUGGUUAUGUGAUAAUUUACCUAAAAUAUCAUAUAACUUGACUGGAACUAGCGUAUUUAGAAA